AUGGCCCCGGACAUCUCGCGACUGGGCUCUUCCUCGCCCGAGGCUGAGAAGCUUGAGCAGUCUCUGCUGGACGCAUCGGCCACGACCGACUACAUUGGCAGACGGCCGUCGACGUCGGGGAGAGACACGAAGCGUACAAGGACGCAAACUCAAUCGCUACCGCCGCCCAGUCUGCCGCAACUGGUGUCUGAACAGGCCGUGCCUAUCCCAUCGGCAGACAAGGAUACCAAGCGGCUCAUUGUCGUGCUGUCCAACGCCAGCCUUGAGACAUACAAGGCGGCACACGGCGGCCGUAAUGGCAUGAAGGAUGACAAGUACUCGCUGCUCAACAGCGACGAGCACAUUGGCGUCAUGCGCAAGAUGAACCGCGAUAUCAGCGAUGCGCGUCCAGAUAUCACCCACCAGUGUCUCCUCACAUUGCUUGACUCGCCCCUCAACAAGUCCGGCAAGCUACAGAUUUACAUCCACACUGCCAAGGGUGUAUUGAUUGAAGUCUCGCCCACCGUCCGCAUUCCACGUACCUUCAAGCGCUUCGCCGGUCUCAUGGUCCAGCUGCUCCACAAACUUUCGAUCCGCUCCACUACGUCGCAAGAGAAGCUCCUCAAAGUCAUCAAGAACCCAAUCACCGACCACCUCCCACCAAACUGCCGCAAAGUCACUUUAUCUUUCGACGCGCCCGUCGUCAGAGUACGCGACUACAUUCAAGAUUUGGGAUCGAAAGAAAGCAUAUGUGUCUUCGUCGGCGCCAUGGCCAAGGGCACGGAUAACUUCGCAGACCAGUUCAAGGAUGACGCUAUCAGUAUCAGCAACUACUCGCUGUCCGCUAGUGUUGCCUGCAGCAAGUUCUGUCACGCUGCCGAGGACGUGUGGGACAUCAUAUAA